AUGCUUGGAACUAUUGUGAUUUCUCUCCUGGUGGUGUUCAGCAUAGCCACGCAGCCCUCCACCACUCCCCCUGCCGCUCUGGAUCCCAGCACCUGGUCUCUGGGCCUGCGUCUGUAUCAGAAGCUGCGACUAGACUCCGGCUCAGUGAACACCCUCUUCUCUCCGCUGCUGGUUGCCUCCUCUCUGGGUGCCGUCAGUGAAGGAGCAGCUGGCACCACAGUUAGCCAGCUGCAACAGCUCCUGGAGAAGCCUAAAGACAAGACAACCAAUGCGCAUCUGUCCCAGUCCUUGACUGGCUUUGUGGAGGCCAACCAGACUGGGUUCAUGCUCCACUUCUCCUCCGCUCUCUUCUCCAAAAAGGCAACUCUUCGUCCCAGCCUUAUGAGCCACAAUGAGGAGAUGCUGAAGAUUAAACACAGACCUCUGCUGGAGGACUGGUCUCCCCACAAGCAGAUAGACGACUGGGCCAAAGCUGAACUGUUUGGUGGCUUUCAAGGCGGCAGCCCUGUAGAGCCAGAGGUCCACCUGAAGGCUGGUGCCAUGAUAGUGGCGAAUGCGUUACGGUUUAAAGGCUUAUGGGAGCGCGAUUUCAGUGACAGGAGAAAUGACGAACGCACCUUCUUGGGGAGGAAGUACACGAAAGUGAUGAUGAUGCACCGAGCAGGUUUAUACUGCCAUUUUGAAGACAUGGAGAACAUGGUCCAGGUGCUGGAGGUCCCUCUGUGGGGAGGGGAGGCCAGCGUGGUGCUGCUGCUUCCUUUCCACGUGGAGAAUCUAUCCAGAUUGGAAAAACUGCUGACUGUGGAUCUGCUGUCAAAUUGGCUGCAGAAGACCAACACUACCAGUGUGGCGAUCUCUCUGCCGCGGACAAACAUCAGCUGCACGCUCGGUCUGCAGAAGCAGCUUUCAGCUCUGGGUUUGAUUGAUGCCUGGGACCAGGAGGUGGCUGAUUUCUCUCGGGUGGCGGACCAGAGUGAAGAGAGGCUCCACCUGGGCGGCGUCCUGCACUGGGCCUCUCUGGAGCUCGCACCAGAGGGUGGUGAAGGAAGCGCAGAUCUGGAGGACGAGCACGUGGAGAGGCCAAAGCUGUUUUACGCAGAUCAUCCUUUUCUUUUCUUUGUUCGAGACUUGAAGACUGGAGCUUUGCUUCUGAUGGGGGCACUGGACCUGGCAGAGGGCGAAGCCCUCCAUGAUGAACUCUAGACUGAGCCUUCGUGCUGUGAGAACCUCUAAUACUCAAACUAUCCUGGAAACUACUGAACAAGACCUUGUCUUUGAACCAGCUUGUCACUGGUUUAACACAGGGGUUCUUUACCUUUUUGAUCUCGGGGCCCACCUUCCCCAGAACAAACGGGCUCGGGGCCCAUUCAAUAGGACUGGUUCAUUAUUCUUUCAUUUGUGAUCAACAACCAUAUUUAAUCUGCUUACACGUAAACAAACCAAAACCUUGUAAAAUGACAUGAAACCAUGUGAUCAUUGCAAAGAUAUUAAUUUGUCAUCGAAAAAGUCCAACUGGAAAAACUGAAUAAAGUUCUGAAUAAAAUAAAUAUAAUUAAACAAUGUCUAAAUAUCAUAAAUUAAUCUAUUUUACUUAAACUCCAAAGAAGAUUUAAGUAAAGUGUAAAUGAAAGUAUCGCCAUAAAAUGUUCUAAUUAAUUUUAAGAAUAGGUGACUCUCUUUAUCAUUUUUUUCUUUUUCUUCUCACUGGUUUAACAGACAGCACCACACGAGCCUUUCUUUCUAGUUUCCUUUGGUUCCAAUGUACUUACCUGUAUUUAUAGUGCUGUUUUGUUGUGUGUUGUGUUACUGCUGUUGACAUAAACAAGCGUAUACAGUUUGACCAUUUGCUGCUUGUGUGUGUUACAAUACCUGAUUAAGACUUGGCAAAAAUGAACAGCCUGUAUCU